AUCACUGCCUUCAACGCAAUCAAACAAGCUCUCGCUGACGCCACCCUCCUGGUGCAUCCCAAACCCCAUGCCCCAACCUCCAUUAUGGCUGACGCCUCAGAUCGCGCCGUUGGAGCCGUACUGCAGCAAUACAUGGAUAACAGAUGGUGCCCUAUUGCAUACUUCUCCAGGAAGUUGCGCCCAGCAGAGACAAGGUACAGCACCUUCGACCGAGAGCUGCUGGCCAUCUACCUGGCUAUCAAGCACUUUCGGCACUUCGUCGAAGGACACAAAUACACACCCAGACAGACGCGUCACCUUGACUUCAUCUCUCAGUUCACGGCCGACAUCAGGCAUGUGAGUGGUAGUGCAAACCCUGUGGCAGACGCGCUCUCACGGGCAUCUGUGAACGCUUUACACGUGACCCAGCCACCAGCCGUUGACUUCGAGGCCAUGGCCAAGGCACAAUCAACAGACCCAGAGCUCAGAGCACUCCAGAGUUCACCCUCCUCAUCCCUACAGCUCAACACGGUGCCACACUUAGCAUCACCUACUACACUCGUCUGCGAUAUCAGCACAGGCAAUCCCCGGCCUUUUGUACCAGUCGACUUCCGACGGGCUGUGUUCAACUCUUUCCAUGCUCUGUCUCACCCAGGGAUCAAUGCAACCCAGCAACUUGUCACCGAGCGGUUCGUUUGGCCAGGAAUGAACAAGGACAUCAGGUCAUGGACCAAGUCGUGCCUUCACUGUCAGCGAGCUAAAAUCCACCGUCACACCGUCACCCCUCUGUCGACUUUCGCAACUCCGGACGCCCGCUUCCGUCAGGUCCACAUUGACAUUGUCGGCCCUCUACCACCCUCUCGGGGGUGCUGCUACCUCCUAACCUGCAUCGAUCGGUUCAGCCGCUGGCCCGAAGCCUUCCCCUGUACCAGACAUCACUGCCGAGACGAUCGCGCUAGCCUUCGUUAG